AUGUCGGCGGGCAAGCGCUAUCGCGUGGAGCCCUCGCGGAAGACGGUGCUGCUGGAGGUGGGCGAGUCGCUCCGCCAGGCCAGCCGCACGGGGGAAGCUGGCAGUGGGGGAAUCGGCCGCGGAGGGGCUUCCGCGGGCCGUUCUCUCGGCCGUGGGGGUGGUGGCGAGCGGAAUGCGAAUCUGAGCUCGCCGCUAGCCGCGGAGGUCUCCGCGGACGGGGGAGGCCCCACGGGUGAAGCAGGUGGGUUGGAGCGGGAAGAAUGGCCGCGGCAGGCGGCGCUGAACGUGGAGACGCGCGCGAGGAGCGGGCCGGCGGGCGUGGGGGGAAGGGGUGGCAGAAGAGGGGUAGCCGGAAGGAAGGGGGCGAGAGAGGACGCGCGGAGAGCGGGGGUAGCGGGCGCUCGGGGCGGUUCCGGGAUGGGAGGGGGCAGCGCGGCAGCAAGGGGGUGGGCGGGCGACGCGUCGCUGGAGCGGCUGCAGCGCGAGGCGACGAGCUACAGGCUGUGGGGCGCGGGGGGGACAGCUGGCGCCACGUCAGCAGCAGCAGGGGCGGCAGACACAGACGCCGCACAGCCCGCCACGCCUCCGCCGAAGCUACCAGAGCGGUUUGGAUCGGUGGAGGAGUACGUGGGGGCGUUCGAGCCGCUGCUGUUUGAGGAGGCGCGUGCCCAGGUGGCGAGCAGCUGGGAGGAGGUGGACGGCGGCGAGGGGGGCGGCGGGCGCGCGGGGGGGAGCAGCGCGGGCGUGGCAGUGCGCGUGGCGUCACUGGAAGCCACCCACCGAGGCACGCCCUCCCCACCCAGGCACGCCCUCCCCACCCAGGCACGCCCUCCCCACCCAGUGCUGGCGGCUGGCGCUGGUGCUGGUUCCUGGUGCUGGCGGCUGGCGCUGGUGCUGGUUCCUGGUGCUCGUGCUGGUUCUUGCCGUCCCCUUCGGGCCACACCUCCUCCCCUUCCCGCUGGAAACGGAGCCGGAGAUGGGGGUGGGGUGGCAGUUGUUGGUGGGGGGGGGGGGCGGGAUCUGGGGCAGAACGGCGGUCUGGGUGCAGGUACGGGGUGCGGACGGGUCUUGCGGACGGGGGCACGGACGUCGUGCGUGGUGCGGAUGGCGUACGGGCGACGGGCGGGGUGCGUGGUGCGGGUGGCGCACGGGCGGCGGGCGGGGUGCGGGUGGCGGGUGGAGUACGGGCGACGAGCGGGGUGCGGGGUGCGGGUCGUGGACGAUCUGGCGCAUGCAAGGGCGUAG